GUGCACCCGCCCCUCCUCCCCCCCGCAAUGCGUGGGGCGCCUGGAGAGGGGUCUUGCGGGCAGGUGGGAUCCUGCGGGGACCCGAGCGCGGGGCCCACGCUAGCCUGGUCGGGGCUCCCCAAGAGGUCUCUGCAGCGCCCCCUUCUUCUCACCCAGGGUUUGGGUCCCAUAGUGAUUGAGAGACUCCUAAGUCUUCAGCCCUGCCAUGGCUAAUGGGGUGAUCCCGCCGCCCGGGGGCGCCUCCCCCCUACCCCAGGUCCGGGUGCCCUUGGAGGAGCCCCCUCUGGGUCCAGAUGUAGAAGAGGAAGAUGAUGAUUUGGGCAAGACCUUGGCUGUGAGCAGGUUUGGGGACCUCAUCAGCAAGACCCCGGCCUGGGACCCUGAGAAGCCUAGCCGCAGCUACAGCGAGCGGGACUUUGAGUUUCACCGGCACACAUCCCACCACACCCAUCACCCGCUCUCAGCCCGCCUGCCUCCACCCCACAAGCUUCGGCGACCGCCCCCCACCUCUGCUCGGCACACCAGGAGGAAGAGGAAGAAAGAGAAAACCUCUGCUCCCCCAUCAGAAGGGACACCCCCUAUCCAGGAGGAGGGGGGAGCUGGAGCAGAAGAGGAGGAGGAGGAAGAAGAGGAAGAAGAGGGAGAGUCUGAGGCAGAGCCUGUGGAGCCUCCACCCCCGGGUCCCCCACAGAAAGCAAAGUUCUCCAUUGGAAGUGAUGAAGAUGACAGCCCAGGUCUUCCUGUCAAGGCUCCCUGUGCCAAGGCCCUGCCUUCUGUGGGCCUGCAAUCUGACCAGAGCCCCCAGCGCUCUGGCAGCUCCCCUAGUCCCCGGGCCCGGGCUUCCCGAAUCUCCACAGAGAAGAGCCGGCCCUGGAGUCCAUCAGCCAGCUAUGACCUGCGGGAGCGAUUGUGUCCAGGCAGUGCCCUGGGCAACCCUGGGCCAGAGCAGCGGGUGCCCACUGACGAGGCGGAGGCUCAAAUGCUGGGUUCUGCCGAUCUGGACGACAUGAAGAGUCAUCGGCUGGAGGAUAACCCCGGGGUGCGGCGACACUUGGUGAAGAAACCAUCCCGGAUACAGGGUGGGAGAGGCAGCCCCAGUGGCCUGGCGCCCAUCUUGCGCAGGAAAAAGAAGAAGAAGAAGCUGGAUCGGAGGCCUCAUGAGGUGUUCGUGGAGCUGAAUGAGCUGAUGUUGGACCGGAGCCAGGAGCCACACUGGCGGGAGACAGCACGCUGGAUCAAGUUCGAGGAGGAUGUGGAGGAGGAGACGGAGCGCUGGGGGAAGCCUCAUGUUGCUUCGCUCUCCUUCCGUAGCCUGCUGGAACUUAGGAGGACCAUUGCCCAGGGAGCGGCUCUCCUGGACCUGGAACAGACCACCCUGCCGGGUAUCGCUCACCUUGUGGUGGAGACCAUGAUUGUAUCUGACCAGAUCCGGCCUGAGGACAGGGCUAGUGUUCUGAGGACUCUACUCCUGAAACACAGCCAUCCCAACGAUGACAAGGACAGUGGCUUUUUCCCUCGAAAUCCGUCAAGCUCCAGUGUGAACUCAGUCUUGGGGAAUCACCACCCAACUCCUAGUCAUGGCCCUGAUGGUGCGGUCCCCACCAUGGCUGAUGACCAAGGAGAGCCAGCCCCGUUGUGGCCACAUGACCCUGAUGCUAAGGAGAAGCCCCUCCACAUGCCUGGGGGAGACGGUCACCGAGGGAAAAGCCUGAAACUGCUGGAGAAGAUCCCGGAGGACGCCGAGGCCACUGUCGUGCUUGUGGGCUGCGUGCCUUUCUUGGAGCAGCCGGCGGCAGCUUUUGUGCGGCUCAGCGAGGCUGUUCUCUUGGAGUCUGUGCUGGAGGUCCCCGUGCCUGUUCGCUUCCUCUUUGUGAUGCUGGGGCCCAGCCAUACCAGCACUGACUAUCACGAAUUAGGGCGCUCCAUUGCCACACUCAUGUCUGACAAGCUCUUUCACGAGGCUGCCUAUCAGGCAGAUGACCGGCAGGACCUUUUGGGUGCCAUCAGCGAGUUUUUGGAUGGCAGCAUUGUGAUUCCCCCGUCGGAGGUGGAGGGCCGAGACCUACUACGUUCGGUGGCUGCCUUCCAGCGAGAGCUGCUGAGGAAGCGGCGGGAGCGGGAACAGACCAAGGUGGAGAUGACCACCCGGGGGGGCUAUGCUGCCCCUGGCAAAGAGCUGUCUUUGGAGAUGGGGGGCUCCGAGGCAACCUCUGAAGAUGAUCCCCUGCAGCGGACAGGCUCAGUGUUUGGGGGGCUAGUGCGGGAUGUGAAGCGCCGUUACCCCCACUACCCCAGUGACCUGCGGGAUGCUCUGCACUCCCAGUGUGUGGCUGCUGUGCUCUUUAUCUAUUUCGCGGCCCUCAGUCCUGCUAUCACCUUUGGGGGGCUUUUAGGAGAGAAAACAGAGGGGCUGAUGGGCGUGUCAGAGCUGAUUGUGUCCACAGCUGUGCUUGGGGUCCUUUUCUCUCUGCUCGGGGCCCAGCCGCUGCUUGUGGUAGGCUUCUCUGGGCCUCUGCUGGUCUUUGAAGAAGCUUUCUUCAAGUUCUGCCGAGCUCAGGACCUGGAGUACCUCACCGGUCGAGUGUGGGUGGGCCUCUGGCUGGUGGUCUUUGUCCUGGCCCUGGUGGCUGCAGAGGGCAGCUUCCUUGUCCGCUACAUCUCACCAUUCACCCAGGAGAUCUUUGCUUUCCUCAUUUCGCUAAUUUUCAUCUAUGAGACGUUUCACAAGCUCUACAAGGUGUUCACAGAGCAUCCUCUGCUGCCAUUCUACCCACCGGAUGAGGCCCUGGAGACUGGCUUGGAACUGAAUAGUAGUGCCCUGCCCCCCACAGAGGGACCACCAGGCCCGAGGAACCAACCCAACACAGCUCUGCUAUCCCUCAUUCUCAUGCUGGGAACGUUCCUCAUUGCCUUCUUCCUGCGCAAGUUCAGGAACAGCCGCUUCCUGGGGGGCAAGGCUCGGCGCAUCAUCGGGGAUUUUGGCAUUCCCAUCUCCAUCCUGGUGAUGGUCCUUGUGGAUUACUCUAUCACAGACACCUACACACAGAAGCUGACGGUGCCUACAGGGCUUUCAGUGACUUCCCCUCAUAAGCGCACAUGGUUCAUCCCACCCUUGGGCAGUGCCCGCCCCUUCCCACCAUGGAUGAUGGUGGCUGCUGCUGUCCCCGCGCUCUUGGUCCUCAUCCUCAUAUUCAUGGAGACACAGAUCACUGCGCUCAUUGUCAGCCAGAAGGCACGGAGGCUACUCAAGGGCUCCGGCUUCCAUCUUGACCUGCUUUUGAUUGGCUCUUUGGGCGGCCUCUGUGGCUUGUUCGGCUUGCCCUGGCUCACAGCUGCCACUGUGCGCUCUGUCACUCAUGUCAACGCGUUGACGGUAAUGCGGACUGCCAUUGCGCCCGGUGACAAGCCCCAGAUCCAGGAGGUGCGGGAGCAGCGGGUCACCGGGGUGCUCAUUGCCAGCCUCGUGGGCCUGUCUAUCGUCAUGGGAGCUGUGUUGCGCCGGAUCCCAUUGGCUGUACUUUUCGGGAUUUUCCUGUACAUGGGCGUCACAUCACUGUCUGGUAUCCAAUUGUCCCAACGUCUGCUGCUCAUUUUCAUGCCAGCAAAGCAUCAUCCUGAGCAGCCCUACGUGACCAAGGUGAAGACAUGGCGGAUGCACCUGUUCACCUGCAUCCAGCUGGGCUGCAUUGCACUUCUCUGGGUGGUCAAGUCAACGGCGGCCUCGCUGGCCUUUCCUUUCCUGCUCUUGCUCACGGUGCCUCUGAGGCGUUGCCUUUUGCCCCGGCUCUUCCAGGACAGGGAGCUGCAGGCGCUGGACUCUGAAGAUGCCGAGCCGAACUUUGACGAGGACGGUCAGGACGAGUACAAUGAGCUGCACAUGCCUGUGUGACCCGCAGGAUGGUGCCCCUCCGAGACCCCACCUUGGCGACUCACAGACCCUAGGAACCCAGCACCAGGGCCAGGCAUUCCUCAGACCCAGGGAUGUGCCUGGAGUCACUGCCUAUGCCAGGCCAGUGGCCCCUUGACUUUCACAGCCCAGGCGGCACCGGCUUUGAAGUCAUUACAACACACUCCGUGUCUUGUGUCUGCCUCAUUUUCUUGGUGCCGCCUGUGGCUUCUCAGGCCACAUUUACCUACCUGAAGUGUUACCAGGGCCAUCCAAACUGGAAGAGAUUUGAAGCAGAGGACAGAGAGGGCUUGAGGGGGAGAGGUAGAUUCAAGACUACUGAAAAUCCAAGCUGGGUCUUGCUGUUCCCUUCUUUAGCUCCCUUCAGUAUAGCGGAAGAACAGGAGGUUCAAGGUCUACUGAGGGUCACAUGCCCAUUAAUCUAGCCCUGGAUUAGAAAGGAGGGGACAAGGAGGCGCUGCUUCCCUUUAGCCACCAGGGAAAUCAGGGUGACUUCAGUCCUGUGGGGCUACAAAGCUGCACGGGAAAUGCAUCUGGGAAGCAGAGGUAGCGGCUCAGCCCCUUAGACGCCAGGAUGGCGCGGGGUUGGGGGCCCGCUGGACCAUUUUAGAUCCUUCUGGCUUAAGCGGGAAGCGGUUCUAGGAUUCCUGAAGCCACUCCUUGUGCAACAGUCUGUUUUGCCAGAAAUAACCUGGGAGGCCUUGAGGGGGGUGGAAACAGGACCCGUUGCGUCACAGUUGCUAGGUAACCAGCUGCCUGGAGCCUGCCGGCCUUGUGUAGCCCUCUGGCGGUGGUUUUUGCGCACUGUAGGCUCUGUCGGCAGAGCAAGGGGAAGGCUGCCACCUGGCGGGUCCGAUUUAAUCCCAGGGUUCAUUUAAGCGGGUUCCAAAGGAUUCUGGGAGGUUCAUGGCGGUCUGCGGCUCCAAGCAUCCAGGGUUAAUGACGCCUUGGCAUCACAUAAUCCUUUCCUUCUGGAGCUGGUUCUGCAUUCCUAUCUUUAUCCGAUUUGACCUCUCCUUUUCUGUCAUGGUUCAGGCCUACAGCUGGUGCCUGGGGCAGGCAGGGGACACAGAGAUGUUUGCUGUUUUCCUAAGGCAGAGCAGAACAGAGACAACAGUAACCGGGCUAUCAUCAUGUUUUAAGCAUUUCAUCCCAGCUGCCCACCCAUCCUUGCUCUCUGAUGCUUCAUGCCUUUGACUGGCUCAUUUAGCCUAUUUGAACACAAAAGUCUUGGUAGAUGGACCAUGCCAAGGUUGAAUGUAAAAAAUACUCUGCCAGGGAUCAAAACAAAAGUCAGAUGUAAAGCCUAGAUCACAGGCAGGCGUGGAGCAGGUCUCCCACACACAGAGGGCCCGACCUUAUCAACGUUAGGCUUGGCCGACAGGCUUCUGGGAGAACCUGGAACCCUUUCUGGGUAUUGGCUGCUGGCUGGCUCUUCUGUUGUGGGGAUUCCUUUACAACUCCAUGAAGGAGCCUGCUUUUCCCAGGAGCCCUCUCCUGCAAGUGAGAAGAAGAGGAUCCACGUGGAGAUCUUAGUCGGGGUUAGUAGCAGGUGAUGUCCAGUGAAGUGAGGAGACCCUCUGGCCUCAAAACAAAAGGUGAGAACAAUAUGAAAUUUGAGUCGGGUAGCCAUGACAACCAAUAUGAAACGGAUAACGUGAGGAUACUGGAGCUGCAGGGGAUGGGCUGAAGUUUAGGAGGAGCCUCGCAGAAGAUGCAAUUCUGGGGUGGGGCCCUGGGCAGGGCUUUCUCCACAGCCCUAAAAGUCGCCCGGAAGGGUGCUGCUAGGGAGCGGAGUGGAGACUAGGAUGAUUCUGUAAGAGACAGGAUGUCGAGACCAUGACAUACAUCCAGGCUUGGGCCUGGGUGACUAGACUGAACGUCAUUAGAGGACAUUUGGAAUUUAUCCCACAGUCCCAUGUUUCAACUGACCAUUCCUUGACUGGGCCUUUGGCCAUAUCCUCUCAAGAGCCUGGGACCUUUGAGGACAUUAAAAAAAAAAAAAGCAUAGCGGAACAUCAGUAGAGAGGUGUUCUGUUCCUAUGGCAUGGCUUGAGGGGGGAUGGGGUGGGUAUUAUAAGGCAGGUGUUCUGGAGUAUNCCCCCCCCCCCCNNAAAAAAAAAAAAAAAAACAACCCAGCUGCCAUGAUCAGAUGAGUUGUACUUGCUUGCAAGAGACCAACAGGAGAGGCCUGUGGGCCAUUGACCUUUCCUCAGAACAGGGUUUGGGCAAGGUCAUUAGAGACUGUAACCUCUUCUCAAAGCCAUCUGUGUGCAGUUCUGCCUUGAUUGCACUUAGUGUGUUCAGGGGGCACAACCUCAAGGUCUUGGGAGAUGCUAGGUCUCUAGCAGGGAGAGUAUGUCUGCUGGGAAAGGCUAACUAACAGAAGGGUGCUUUGUUUAUUUGCCUAUGUAUGGGAAAGCCAUCCUCCAUGCUGGGUUCCUUGCCAGCAUGUACCCUGUGACCAAUAAACUCAGGCGGGUUCCCCAGAGUGAACUUUGUAGGAUCCUACUUCAGUUUGUUGUUGGGACCUUGUAAGGUGGGGGUAGACUUUGUUUAUGUCUCCUUAAGGAAGGGAUUCUUCCAACAGAAGUUGAGGAAGGAGGUAAAGGUCAUGGUCUACUAAACACCCAGCCCAGCAUCCUUGGAAAAGGCUUAGGGAGUAGGCAUGUGUGAAGUGUUGGGGUCAGGGUUGGGGGUAACAAUCUAUACUCUUUUGUAACUUUCAGAGUCAGAUUAUGGGCAAGAGUCACACCUUGGCCAAGUGCCCAGGGUUUUCAUUAUCCUUGGACAAGUUCAAGCCCAUUUCCAGUCUAGAGUUCUAACACGUUUUCUUUGUACAAAGAAGGUGGCUGUCCCUUCCCUCCUGCUGAGGAUUCAGCUCACAUAGACAGCUGAGGAUCCUGUGACAGCCUCUGACUGUCGGAGCAGUGGACCAUCUGCUCAUAUUGCCCUACACACCUCCUUUAGGGCACAGAAGCUGGCAAUAAUGUGUACCAUUUGGCAGGCCAGGUGACAUCUCUUCUUGUAUCAUAUCAGGUGACUCAAAUGAUCACCAUGGCUGUUGACACUUGGCACUCUCAAAGGGAAUUCUAAGCAGCAACGGGGAGACAAAGCUAAACUCAAGGGCACCUGUACUAAACACAGCCUGCUGCUCAGCUCUCAAUGAAGCCAUUGCUGAUAACCAGCAAAAACAGGUUCUGGCAGUGCCCACCAGUGGCCUGAAUCCAAGGUGGCAAAUUAGAAAAUGCAGAGUGAGGAAUUUGGUUUCCAGAUAAAUUAUUCAAUCAUUUGAAUUUGAUCCAUUGCACGUCUCAUCCAUUGUGGGGGGAAAAAAAGCACAGGCUCCAAUAUUCAUAGGAUUUAUGUUCUGUGAGGAAGACUGACUGAGUGGGCUGCUGGGAUUAUUUUCAAUUUUCUAGGAACUGUUUCUUAAUAUCGAACGAUGCUUUAUCAAGUGCUAACUAAGCAGACAGUCACUGGGAUGGUCUCUGGGUGGCAGAUGAAUCACAGUGUUUGUAGGUGAUGGGAAAGUGUUGCCCAGAGCUCGUCCAU